AAGUCGUGCGGUUCUUUAGUUUUUCUCGGACGCUUGUAAUGGUUGGAUGGGUUACCGUCGAAGUUCGGUGCUGCUGGCGAUAGUGCUGGUGCCUUGGUUGGUGGUGGAGAAUCCUUUCGCAGAACCUCAAAAGUAGUCGCCGUCGUCGUCGUGUCCAAGCAUCGCGCGCCCGCCGGGAUCGGAAGUGACCCUCCAAGGCCAGUUGAUUUUAGUCGGUUCGUCGUGCCGUGGCCAUUAGCGCAAAAGUUUAGAAAAAAAGUUGAUGUAUUUUUUCGCGAAUUUUUGACAGCUGCCACAUUUCGCACAGCCCGAAAAGGUGAAGGAGGAAGAAAAUACCGAAUUAAAAAAAACGCAGAACGAUUCGCGAAAGGAGAGCAAAAUAAAAAGAAGGCAGAGAAGAGAGAUAGAGCGAGAGAGAGAGGGAGAGUAGACGAGUGAGUGAGUGGAUGCGCGCGCGAGGGUGGAAAAGCAAGCAUUGACGACGGGGGGGUUGCAAAAGUGUCCCAAACGCACACAAACGCACGUGGUGAGAGGGCGCGCACAAAGAGGGAGAGGGUGGCGAAAAGAAUACAGUUGCGCGCGGCUCAGUACAGAGAUUUCUUCGCUGUGUGUGUUGUCAGUGGUUGACUGGCUGUGGUAAAUCGCGCGAUAAGAACCGCGUCAAGUGUCUGUUGUCCAGGUUUGUUUACAGUUUUUUUUCUGCGCCGCCACUGCUGCUGAGCUGUUUUCGACUCGACUGGACGACGAGGUCGACGGUGUGAAGAUCAACGCACACUCUCAAGUGGAUUUAAGUCGCGGGGGUGUCGCGCGAAAAUUGCUUUAAUUUCGCGGAAAAUUUGCUCGUUCCGAGUGCUUUGAAGAACGAAUCCAAUAAAUUUAAACCCCCUUCGCCAUUAAUCUGUCACAAACAGAGCCGGUGUGUCUGCGUCCAACGAUGAGAAUUGUGUCAACCAGAUCGUGAAAAUCGUUUUCCAUCGGAAAAAAUUGCGUGAGUGCGUGAAUUAAUUCGUGAAAAGAAAUCAACCGCAGCAGCCACUAACACACAUACACACACACAAAAAUGUACCCCAAACCACGUGGAUUACAGUGCAAAAUGUCCCAAGCCGUUCGGCUGUGGGUGUUCCUGGUGGCAGCAGUGGCGACACUGGGCCUGGUCGCGGCCAAAAGUGUUGACCAGCAGCAGCAGCACGAACUGCUUAGCUGCGAACACGUCAGUAACUUCUUCUCCUCGAUCAAUGUCACAAUCAAGCCGACCAACAAAAAUCAAGGCAACGUUUGUGGCGGUCCCUGCUGUGAUAAUCAGGUGGAGAGCCAGCUGGAGGUGAAAGCCACCAAGAACUUUGAACGACUAGUCAAACACCACACGCGCAGCCAACGGGGGCACUGGGAGCAGACGGCCAACCUGUACCGGGAUUACCUGCUGCAGCUUUCGCGCCAGUCCGAGAACAAAACGCUGAAUCUGUUCUCGACGGUGUAUCGCAAGAUGUCACCGCUGUCCCAACCGAUCCUGGAACUGUACGAAACGAUCCGGAACCACCUGACGGCGGCGUCCUUCACCGACGAUCUCGGUCUAGUCACGGACAAGUUCUUCCGGAAUCUGUUCCCCGUGGCGUACCACCACGCGGUAGUCCACGCCGACAAGGACGUCGACUUCCACAGCGACUACAAGAACUGUCUGAUCCACACGUACGACGAGCUGAAACCGUUCGGCGAGAUCCCCCAGCAGCUGUCGAGUUCGCUGGUGGCCAGUGUGAGCGCGGCCAGCGUGCUGCUGCGGGUACUCCGGGAAGGUGCCGAAGUGCUCAACAAACUGGACGAACUCGGCACCGAGAACCUGCAGGGAUCCUGCAAAUCCGCCCUGCUCAAGAUGAGCUACUGUGCCAGUUGCAAGCGACACAACCAUAACCACGCGAAACCGUGCGCCGGACUGUGCAAGAAUGUGAUGAGGGGCUGCCUGAUGCAGUACGUCGGCAUCCUGAACCAGGACUGGUUCACGUUCACGGACGCCAUCGUGCCGCUGAUAAAUGCGGUCCGGUCGAACGAUGGAAUAGAGGCCGAAAUCAAGGGCUUGGACGGAAAGCUGUCCAGCGCCAUCAUGCACGCGAUGGAGAACGGGCCCCAGCUGGAGGUUAAGGUCAAGAAAGCGUGCGGAACGCCCUCGCUGAUGCAGAACGACAACCUGGCCGGGGCGUACGAGCAGUCGGCGGCACCGACCCUCCACAGCAACAAGUGGAUCCUGGCGCCCAUCAACGAGAUGCUCCAGUUCGAGAUGACCAUCGACAAGAACAAGGACCUGUUUCUGCAACUGUCGUCAACCCUCUGCGACGACGAGGACUACCACAGCAGCGACGAGGACUGCUGGACCGGGUCGCACUACGGCGACUACACGCACGAGGUCGCCUCGACCACGGCCCAGAAGUACAACCCCGAGGUGCCAUACAGCAGCGCAACCGAGAGCCGCGAGUUCCCGCGGGACAGCCGGCUGCAGGUGCUGAUUGACAAGCUGAUCAACCUGAAGAACGCGGCCACCAAGGCGGUCUCGAGCAACGCGUUCCGCAGCGACUCCGACAAGAUGCUGUCCGAUAUGGCGGAAGGUUCGGGCCACACCUACCCGGAGGAGUACGACUCGAACGAGGACGACGAGUACAGCGAGAACGGAUCGGGAUCGGGUGAAGGUCCAGGCCGGCGGGGUCCAGGCGUGGAGAUCACCGACGAGGUGCAGAGUAACUUUACGCCGUCGGUCAACCCGAGCCACGCGUACCGAAUCUCCGCUGCGAGCUCGUCCCUGGUGCUGGCCACGUGUGUGGCACUUUUGCUGGCGGCCGCCACCAGCAGGCACUAAGUUGCUUCCGUUAUCGUCGUGUGUCGUGUCUCAAACUGCAACAAACCCCCUCUUCAUUCAGGAACAAUCCCCCGGCGGCGGCGCGGACGCCACUCGAGAAGCCCCGCGCACGAAAGUCAAAACCCCCCGUAGAGCUGUAAAAUCAUUAGUAGUACUAGGAAAUAACAAAUCUAUUCGUAACAGAGCCGGUGUAAAUCAAUUGUGUACCAUUGUGAGAGCUGAAAGGUGUGUGUGCGUGAAACCCCCCGAAACAACACGAAAAAAGCUUAAGCUUGGACAAGCAUCGAUCGUGUCCGGAAGCCAUGAAUUUUCAACUGAUUUCAUUGAUUAGAUUAACGAAGGGGGAAGGUGGGGGGAAAAGUGCACAACAACGCAGCAAACUAAUAAGCUCAAGCAAUAAGUUGAUAUUCGUUGUGUUUGUACUCAAAAAGCCACCAACAUUCAUGAAACAAUGUGUAUACAACAAAAGCUAACUGGGCAAUUCUCCAGGGAUAAUAAUUUAAUUGGAAAUUUAAUUUUAUAAUUUUUGAUUUUGACCGAGAUUUUUUGGUACGCUGUCUAUGUCAAAAGAAACAAUUUUGCAUCAUUGGUUCAUCGAUACAAAUGAUUAUCUGGAACACAUAAAUUUUCACAAAUUAAAACUGUCUUUGAAAACAUUAUUUUGGAUAUGUUUUAGAACUUCGAUUCUCAACAUUCUUCUAGGAUGGUUCUCCCUGACACUGUGGCGUCGCAACCGGGACUCCAUGAGACAUGAAAUUCCAGACGCGGCUGCUGAUCAUUAACCUUCCAACCACCCAUUAACCUCAUGUCCGCUUUCGUCGUGUCCUGUUCUAGAUUACGCCAACCGCUUCCAGCACAACUCAAUCACACUUACGCGUAAUUCAAGUCGGUCGGUUGAGAAACAUAUUCUGAGCUUUAGACUAAAGCAAAAUUAAAUUAUUCAAGGAAAAAGUGUACGAAAACGUCUGCAAUGUUUACACAAUCCACGAGGCGAGUGAAAUGUCUGACAGCGCACGCUUUGUUUUGAUUUUUUUUUUUCGUUCUCUUUCAUUGCCGUUAGGUUGGCAGCUAUGCGGAUGGGUUGCACGCUGAACUGCAUCUACGCAUAUUUCGAUAAUUCGGGCCACUUUUUGGCUCCGUACAUGCUCAAAAGUUGGAAUUUAUUUAUUUUGCUUUCUUAAGUAAUUAUUUGAGAACCAAUUUUAGAAUAGUUUGAUAACAAUUUCGUAUGGACAACUAUCAAAAUUUUGUGAGCUAAUGAUGCAAAAUUCUCUAUAAAAUUACUUAUUUUGACAUAGAGUAAGUUUUCACAAAGCAUAUGUCAAAUAAAAAAGGCAAAAACAAAUUUAAAUUUCCAGAGAAUUGCUCAACCAGCCCUUUUUCAAAAUGUUCUGCUUUCGUUCAUUUCAGGCAGUUUGGGAGCAGUUCUAAGAAAAAAAUGCAUAAAAGUGUACAAAUUUUACCAAGCAAACAAAAGCAAAUCUCAUUUACCGUUCUGAGGGAAACAAAGGCAACCAACUUUGUUAUUAUUUUUUUUCUUUUCUCUAAAUGCAUUAUUUUAUCGUCAACACUUUUUUUGUAGUUUUAAAACACGUACAAGUAUCGCAUCCAGAAGUCCGAGUCGCCAUAUUUAAUUAAAGAAACACAAGAACAACAAGCAAAAAUACAAUACUUAUUUAGGUACGUACUCAGAGAAUCCGAUAAAACUUGUGUGUAAUGGAUAAAAACAAACAAAAAAAUCGCUUGUCGCCGUCGUACGUGUGUGUGUUGGAGGAAAAGAAUGUUUAAUUUACUAACCCCACACGCGGUCAAACCAAUCAUGCUCCCCAAUUUUCCUCAAAACGGAAGAAAAGUAACGUUAAAACAAAUGAUUAAUGGUACUGUAGUUAGAAGUUUUAAAUUAAAGAGGAUUAACUUUUAGUUUUCAAUGCUAGUGGAACAACUGUAAAUAAUAUUAAUAAUGCUAAUAUAUUCUAUAGGCGUACGCAGAGAGAGAGAGAGGAAAACAAGAGAUACUGUGCAGUUAUUGGAAACGAUUCAAUGCUAGUUAACAAAAAAAAAAGUAAAUCUUUCGGAACUACCAAAAAAAAGGCAGCGCAGCAAAACGAAACGCUAUUGUCGACGUGAACAAGUAUUAGAACCUUCUUCCAUUCUAGCAACAAGUCGAAAAGAAAAUAAACCUUUCUAUUGUUUCGCGACUACUUCUACUUAUUAAACACCAUAGAAUUUUGUAAAUAAAAAAUCCGUUUUCUCAAGCAAAUUAAAAAAAUAAUCGUCUGCACACCACGUGACAAUACCCGCAAAUUUAACUCUGCAGCAAAUCUUCCGAGGACAAUUUUUACAAGCCAAUACUCAAAUCUACAAUCGGUGGUGUUCACACUGUUCACUCACAGCAGGAUCGUCUACUCUAGGAGAAAUGGUUACCAAAUCAAGCAGCAGCAGAGUUGAACAAAAAUACAGUCAUUCGACUGACACACUCCUAGACUGACGACGGGGGCAAAUAUUCUCACCACACAAUCAGAACAAGUGUUUAAAGAAACAAUAGCAACACGUAAUAAUUGGUCUAAUUGAAGCAGAUAAAACUAAACAAUAAACGCAAACAAAAAAAAUCAAUGAAUGUAGCGCUCCUUCAAGAUACAUAAAGUUCUGUUUUUUCUCCCAACAACAACAAGUGUGUAUAAAUUGGAUAGAGAAGUAGUGUGUUUGGCAGCAACACAACAAAAAAACAAACUAAAAUGGUCUAAUUAUUUUGUUGGCAGCGGAUUGAGAGAUGAACUGAAUGUGAGCUAAAGUUUGAAGCAAACGUUGGAAGGACGAGAACAAGAGAGCGCGAGAAUUAGUUGAUUGUGUUUGAACUAUCUGUGAUUGAGCUAAGAAAAAGAGAGAAAAAUAAAACCAACUAAAUAAGAGAAUGGCGAGAGGAAAAAGAAAGAAAAGAAAAAAACUCUAAUAAUUUAUUGUUAUAAAAUUGUUGUUUAAAAAGAGUUCAAUGAAUCAUUUUGUCAACAAAUGCAAACAUAAAAAUGCGAAGGAAUUUAAUCAUUUCAAAGGAACACAGUUGCGCAGAAAAAGAAGGUGCGGUGAGGUCGCUUCCAAAUCGAAACGAAUUGCCAAGCCAGGUCGUGUGUGUCAAUCUGCCCCACAUUCGGCUUCCAGUGAUACUACUUAGGUUUAGGUGUUGAUUUUCAAAAUUUCAGUCAAAAUUUGACCCACGACUGCUCGGUUGGUUCGAUCGAGGAAGUGACCGACCACUCCCUUCGAGAUUGGAAGGAGAAUAAAAUGUACGUGUAAUUACAAAACAGAAAAUAAAGAAAGUGCGGUGCGCACGCACGUGCAAGUUGAAUUGUUUUACCCGCGGCAUCUGGCAGAGGUAAUCGUAGUUGGAAAUUUUGUAUUUAUAAAAUAAAUACAGCAUAAAAACAGGAAGCAAAAUAUAUUUAAAAUAAUGUACCGGAGAUAACAAAUAAACAAAACAAAAAAAAAACACAACAGCGAAUGUCACUAACUAAUAGGACGUUGUAUUAUAGAAAUUAGGAAAAAGUAAACAAAAAAAUCAUUUCAGUAAAACAAAUUGAAAAAAAGAGUUAUUUUGCUUGUGUUGAAGCAAAACAAAUAUAGGUAGAUUUGAAUGAACCUAUGUGAAAAAUGUGAGCAUCGAGGAGAAUUAAUAAACAUAUAAUUCAAAAAUA